CUCUGCUGCCAUCUCUGCCGAGGAACAACAGGCUCUGUGACAAAAGGCUCGCCGACGCUGCCCGGGGAGGACCCUAAAUGUCGAGGCAGUUUUGAGCCAAGUCCAUCUUCUUCCCUCUCUUUCUCUCGGGGGAAGGGAUGGAAGAAAGCUAUGAGACAUUUGAAGAGGAGUUAGGGCCACCAAGAGCAGAUCCUCCUCCACAGAAGCCUGUUCGACAGAUCCGCAGACCAGAAAUGUACGCUACAAGGAAAGUCAGAGAGGAAAUGGCUCCGUUUCCACAGCAACCUAGAGCAGAACCCAAGAUUCCACCCAGGGAACCCAGCUACCCCCGAACAACCUUGUCCAGCCAAAACCUGACCCAGAUUGAAACGCCGUGGGAGAACGUCACCCUCAACCGCUGUCUGUUUGUGGCCAUUACCAUCCUGGUGCUCACCUCAGGCUUUCAGAGGCUUCAUGAAACCCUGCGAGGUCAGAGGGCAGCAGUAGAGGAGGAGGAAGAAGUUGGACUGACGAUGAGACGGUCAGGCUCAUUACGUCACAGACACCCGCCAGAGCCCGAGACAUCUCUUUGGGAGGUCAUGUUUUGGUGGCUGCCGGACCUUGAUGAUGAUGAGGAUGAGGAGGAUGAGGAGGACGAUGAUGAUGAUGAUGGACAGGUCAAAAGGGUUAAGUCAAAAACAGGAGCGACAGCACGAGCAUCAAGUGGUCUCAGAAACAAGCCACUGCCAGACAAAAAACUCCUUAAACAAAGAGAAGGGAAAUUAAAGGACAGGAGAGCCAAGAAAGCCAGAGACGAAGACAUCAGAGAGAAGAAAGAAAAAGAUAAAAAGGAGGAACCUGAAGAAGAAGCAGCAGCAGAUGAGGAAGAUGGGGACGGAGGAAAUGAGGAGGCAGAGCCCGAGAAGAAUAACAAGCCGGAGGAAAAGAAAGAGAAGAAAAAGACUCAAAAGGGAUGAGUUGAUUCUACUGUGGCAAACGCCGAUUCAUUUUCUAAACAGUUUUCACCUGAAUUUGAUAACAUUUAUUAAAGGUGAUAAUAUUGAAAUCAAUAUGAGAUUUUCUCUGUCAAAUCUCUCACAUAUCACUGAGACUCCAAAAUAAUGUUUUGUUUUAAUUUUUUGUUGCCUUGCUAGACAAAUGUGAUUUUGCGUAAUUUAAUGUGCUGACCGCUUUAUUGUAAAUCUUCAUGUGAUCAUUUGAUUCCCUUUAGUGUUGAAAGAUCUACGUCUUUAAUAAAUUGCUCAUCAAUCGUGCCA